GUUCUUUUCGGUAAGAGAACAAAGCCAAUCUUUCAACAAAUCGGAGAGAGGCGUCUCAAAAUUCAAAGCUUGGUCUGCGCGGAAAUUCAAUUGCAAGGAUGAUCAGCAUCCUUACUCAGGAGCGUCUUCUCGGCGCUGCUUUAGGUAGCAUGUUGACAGGUGUUGUGGUUUUGGAACAACGUAAAAGAAUUUAUAAGAGCAUCUCCGAGAAUCAAUCCCGAUUUUCCCCUCAAUCUCAGACAAUAGAGCACAUCCCGAAACAGAAGUCUGGUAUAGAGUUUGCACACCUAUGGAACAAAGCUGUGGAUCAGGCAUUAGGACCUGUCAUCAAGUCUCUCGGCUCACGUGGGUGGUAAAAUGUGUGUGAUUUCAGCAGAUCUUGAAAUUGUAUCUUUUUUAUUUGUAAGAUUCGUAGAAGCACACAUGCCGGUGCAUCUUCCAUUGUAUCUUUUUGCUUUGACUCGUUGAAAAGGGGAGUUGGUACCAAUUGCAGUUCUUGCACUUACAUACUAUCAUGUUGCUGAUGUUUCUUUCCUGAUUUUGGUCUGUGAUGAAUACUGUGUUGUAAAAACUUAGGUGUUCCGCAGUUGCUAACUUUAUCCAUGCUUUUAAUUUGACUGCUAUUGUUCCAGAAUAUAUGGAUCGAAGGUCACAAAAGAAUGUACAUUCUGUUUCUGUGAUGUUGGUUGAUCCAGAAUUGGUGGAACAAACUUUAUCGACA